UGUCGUCAUCAACGUUACCUCGUUUGAUUUUAUCAUAACUCGGACAAUGUUCGCGGUUGUAAGUUUUAUCGUGUCAGGUGGUUUUUGAAUUGCCCCCGGCCCCCUUGACCCUAGUUUCGGCUCUCCUGUUGAUUUUGGAUUCCGGAUUUGACCGAAGUUGGUCCGCUUAAACAACAGAGGUUGGCAGCCAUGCGGCAGUGAGUCAUGGCUAACACCGCACAUCUGGUGCGACGUCAGAGCUCCAGAGAUCUCAACCCUCAACGCUCUCUGGACCGAGUUGAGAUGAAAGAACUCCGCGGCCGAUUGGUCCUGGAGAAUGGAGGAAACAUGGCAAGCUAUGGCGCAACAAACGCUGGCUUUGACGAUACGAGCCCCGGUGUCAAGCAAGCCAUGCUCAAGACGUCAGGUGGUAUGGAGAGCAAGCUAGGGUCAAGUGAGGGGAAACCGAUAUUCCGUCCUGAGGCUGGCGAAGAGGAGAGAGAAUCGUGGGACUCAAAACUUACGUUUCUCCUAGCGACUGUGGGUUAUGCUGUCGGUCUCGGCAACGUCUGGCGCUUCCCAUAUCUGGCGCAGAAGAAUGGCGGAGGUGCAUUCCUGAUUCCUUACUUCGUGAUGCUGUGUAUCGAAGGUAUUCCAAUCUUCUAUCUAGAGCUGGCGAUUGGUCAGAGAUUGCGCAAAGGAGCCAUAGGAGUCUGGAAUCAGGUAUCGCCGUAUCUCGCUGGGAUUGGUAUCAGCAGUGCUGUGGUUUCAUUCAACGUUGCUCUCUACUAUAACACCAUUAUUGCGUGGUGCCUCUUUUAUUUUGUCCAGAGUUUCCAAUCUGAAUUGCCUUGGUCGGAAUGUCCGAACAAAUAUUUUGAAAACGGAACGUAUCUUCCUGAGCCUGAAUGUGUGGCAAGCACACCGACCCAGUAUUUCUGGUAUCGCACAACACUCAUGGUCUCGGAGGAUAUAGACCAUCCUCGGGCCUUCAACUGGAAGAUCGCAUUUGCUCUCGUCAUAGCUUGGAUUCUUGUAUACAUGUGCAUGAUCAAAGGAAUCGCUUCUUCAGGCAAGGUUGUUUACGUAACAGCAACUUUCCCCUACAUUGUGCUGAUAAUAUUUUUCUUCCGUGGUGUAACAUUACACGGGAUGUCUGAUGGGUUACGACAUUUAUUUACUCCAAAGUGGUACACCCUCUCAGACCCCGUGGUAUGGUUGGAGGCCGGGACGCAGAUUUUCUUCUCACUCGGUCUUGCGUUCGGAGGUUUGAUAGCUUUCUCGUCUUACAACCCUGUCAACAACAACUGCUACAGAGAUGCAAUAAUGGUGUCUAUGACUAACUGCUUCACAUCUAUGUUUGCUGGCAUCGUCGUCUUCUCUGUCAUCGGAUUCAAGGCUACGCUGAACUAUGAGCGCUGUCUGGAGGAGAGGAAUGCAACAAUCUUUGCGACGUUCGGUCACACAAACGUCGACCUAUCCCGGCUGCCGACUGAGGGCUCGGCUGUCGCAUUGAUGGGCGACGUCGUCACAACAAUGCCACCCUUGCCAGAGUGCGACUUGGAGAAAGAGCUGGACAGUUCAGCUGCCGGCACAGGAUUGGCUUUCAUCAUCUUUACCGAAGCCAUCAACCAGUUUCCAGGAGCUCAGUUCUGGUCGGUUCUGUUCUUCCUCAUGCUGUUCACUCUGGGAAUCGACUCCCAAUUUGGGACUCUAGAAGGCGUUGUCACUUCUAUAGUAGACAUGAAGCUGUUUCCCAACCUCAGGAAAGAAAUAUUAACAGGGGUGAUGUGUUUGAUAUGCUGUGUUAUAUCAAUGAGUUUUGCCCACGGAGCUGGAAAUUACGUCUUCAUCCUCUUCGACAACUUCAGUGGCAACUUUCCACUUCUGAUAAUCGCCUUCUUUGAGUGUAUAGCUGUUUCAUACGUUUAUGGCCUCAAGAGGUUUGCUGAUGACAUAGAACUGAUGACAGGGACUCGGCCAGGCUGGUACUGGCUGUUGUGCUGGAAGUAUCUCUCUCCCUUGGCUAUGCUGCUGAUCCUUAUAGCCAGCAUCACGGAAAUCAUAGUCAACGGCAGCGGAUACCCCGCGUGGGUCGCCAGUAAGGGUGUAACGGAGACACGGGAGUGGCCAGUGUGGGCGCUGCUGCUUAUCGGAUGUCUUGUGUUGGCAGCUGUGCUGUGGAUCCCGGGAGUCGCCAUCUGUAGAGCUUUUGGGAUAGUAAUAAUAGACGACAACGAGAAAGCCUGGUUUCCAGCACAAGACUUGAAAGAAUUCCACGGGAUCGUGGAACACCGAGUUACUGCAGCGGAGACUUUAUUAUUCUGCAUUCGUGAGGAUGGGACGGAAGGGUUGUGUUGCCCAACGGGUGCGUCAGACGAUGAUGACGACGACGAGUCUUAGUCUGUCUCCACAACUGCAUCCCACGGUCAUGUCCAAUGGUGCUAAGAACGACAGAAAUGAUCAACAAUGCUUCAUCCACUGUAACGUAGGCCUUAAAUAACCUGAUUGAGUCGGAAAGGUCAGAGAGAAAAGUGAUAUUGAUGUUCCACAAGUUUUUAAAUGAUAUAUUUUUUCAGUUUCUUGUUUGUUUACAUUUAGCUGUUAGGAAAACAUUUAUUAUUUCCAAAUCAAAGUCUGGAAAAAACUUUUCAAUAUUGGUAGUUCAGGGUUAAUUUUCAGAUGAUAAGCCAAACACGGCUGUUGCAGACAGACGACUUGCGUUAUCUUAUCCCAACAGUAGCCACAGGCUUGUCCAUGCGCCGUGUAACGUAAUGGUAUUUCAUUGUCUUUAAACCACCGUAUAAGAUUAUGAGUGUUUAUUUUAUUUUCCACAAGUCUCUGAUUAAUUCUCUUAAACAUUUCAUUUUUACUGAAAACAUCAUUGUGA